CUACGUCCUUAAAAGUAUAACCUAAAAAUUUUUUGACAAUGUCUAAAAAAUAUAAAAAAUUAUUAUAAAGUUUAACACGAAAUUAACAAUUGUAGUUGUAUUAGAAUUAUAAAAUGGCAUUUUUUGAGGACGCCCUUCUUGUCUUAAUAUCUCAGGUUAUAUUCUUUGUAGGAGCUUGGAUAUUUUUUAUGAAACAGUUAUUUAAGGACUACGAAGUAAGACAGAAACUUGUACAAAUCAUAUUCUCCAUUACCCUAACUUUAUCAUGUACGAUGUACGAGUUAGUAAUUUUUGAAAUAAUAGACUGGUUAGAGUCGAGUUCUCGAUAUUUCUUUUGGAGUCUAAUUUUAUAUUUUUUACUAUUUGUUGUUAUAGUAUUAAACCCCCUUUAUAUUUUUUAUAGCAGCAUAUGUAACAUACCAUUUGUUAAAACUGAUUAUAUAAAACAGUUAACUUGCGUUAUAUGGAUAAUCUUUAUGAUUAUCUUUUGGAAAAUUGGAGAUUCAUUUCCUAUUUCAAACUCAAAACAGAGUAUUCUCUCUAUCGAGCAAUUAGUUUCAAGAAUUGGUGUUAUUGGGGUCACUGUUAUGGCAGUUUUAUCCGGUUUUGGUGCAGUUAAUUAUCCCUACACCUCUAUGGCUUACUUUAUAAGAGAUGUUUCACAAUCGGAUGUGAUUAAUACUGAAAAGAGAUUAAUGCAAACAAUGGAAAUGAUUGUUUUAAAAAAGAAGAGGUUGGCCAUUUCAAAAAAACAAAACCUAGAAAAUCGAUCUGAAGAAUCAAUACGACAAAGAUAUGGAAUUUGGAAUGUUUUAAAUUCUAUAGCUCCUAGAAGAGGAUCAGAAAAUAUUGCUCAGUUAAAGUUGGAAAUAAGUGGUUUAGAAGAGUUGAGUAGGCAAUUAUUUUUAGAGGCACAUGAAAAUCAUAACAUGUUAGAACGCGCUGAAUGGUCAAAAUCUUGGACUGGAAAAUAUUUUAAUUUUUUAGGCUACUUUUUCUCAUUAUAUUGUAUGUGGAAAAUAUUUAUGUGUACCAUAAAUAUAGUUUUUGAUAGAGUUGGAAAGAAAGACCCGGUAACAAGAGGGAUUGAAAUAGCUGUAAACUGGAUGGGUUUAAGUAUCGAUGUAAACUUUUGGUCUCAAUAUGUUUCAUUUAUUUUGAUUGGAUGCAUCGUUGUCACUUCUAUAAGAGGACUUCUAUUGACAUUAACUAAAUUCUUUUAUAAAAUUUCAUCAAAUAAAAGUUCCAAUAUUGUAGUAUUAAUGUUAGCACAAAUAAUGGGAAUGUAUUUUCUAUCAUCUAUAUUACUUUUACGGAUGAAUAUGCCACCAGAAUAUAGAAUUAUAAUAACACAAGUUUUGGGAGACUUACAAUUUAAUUUUUAUCAUCGAUGGUUUGAUGUUAUCUUUUUAGUUAGCGCUUUAACGAGUAUUGUUACGUUAUAUUUAGCGCACAAACAGCCAUUAUAUGAACAAGUAUAAUAUUUUAUUUUGCAAUAAGUAUUUUUUAUACGAUAUAAUCUGUAAUUUAUAUAUAAA